UAGAUGUGGGCGAAACGUCAGGAGAGAAUGCUUCUGGAACAUGGCCACACAGCCCGAAAGACAUACAAUAACCCUGUGAUCCCGGCCAUGAAAGCCUUCGACAACACAUUAAAUAUUGAUUGUUAUUUCUUUUAUUAUUUAUAGAGUAUCAUCAAUGUAUCUGGCACUGGUAAAAUAUGUCUUUAUUUAUUAACAUACUUGUAUUCCAUCCUAUACCAAAAGAUUUUGGAAUAGAUUAUAUGUUUGGUGUCCUGUGUCCCCCUCUUCCUGGUCCGGCUUCUCCUCCAAAAGCGGCUUCUUGGGAAACUUGUGCCUUUUGCUUUUCUUUCCCAGAGGUUUUUGGAGGAAAAGGAGAAACCUCUGAGGCGGAGUUCCUGGGUUUAGAGGGAAGAAACUGAAGGAAUUAAGUCUUCUACGCAGAAAGCUCCAUGCGGAUGUUUAGACUGCUGCGGUAGAGUCUAUAAUUUCCCACCGUUUUAGGUAGUAUUGUCCGAGGAUGAAAAUGGAGACCCCAAAAAACCUUACAAGUCUUAUACCAGGGCAGGUGUCAUGGGAAGUGAGAGGGAGCUGCCAUGUUGGAACGACGGAGGCAUUCCUUCAAAGGAGACCUACAGAUGUGGAACAGGAACCCGACAAAGACUCACUUCAGCAGUGGGAAACCAAAUUGCAGGAGUUCCUGAAGAGUGUGGAAGGCCCUCACCCAAACAGGGAGGCCCCUCAGUUGAGGGAGGAGCCGUGGGCGACGCCAAAGCCUUCCUGGCCUCCUUUGAGCAAGUGGCCCAAGCCUGCCGGUGGCCCAAGGAAGAGUGGGUGCCCCGGCUCCUGCCAGCAUUGAGUGGCGAGGCCAAGCGGGCCUUCACCGGCCUGGAGGCCGAAGGCAGGGAGGAUUAUGGGAAAGUGAAGGCCGCCAUCUUGCACGGAGAUGCCAUGCGGAGGGAGCAACAGCGACAGUGUUUCCGGCGGUUCUGCUACAGGGAGGCUGAGGGGCCAAAAGGAGCAUACAGCCAGCUUCAGGAGCUGUGUUGCAAGUGGCUGAAACCUGAAAGGCAUUCGAAGGAGCAGAUCCUGGAGCUGCUGGUCUUGGAGCAGUUCUUGGCCAUCCUGCCUCCAGAGAUAUCGGCCUGGGUCAAGGAAUGUGGUCUAGAGACUUGCUCCCAGGCCGUGGCCUUGGCAGAGGACUUCCUCCAGAAGCAGCGAGAGUCCAGGCCUCAGGCGAACCAGAUGUCAUUAGAGGAAGAGGAGACGGUGGGUUCCCCUGAAGUUGGCCAAGCCCUGCCUGAGAUUGAGCAGAAAUAGCUUAGUGUGGAGAUCAAACAGGAAGAUGAUGGCGGGGAUGCUGGACUUUUGGAUGAGCCGGGCCAAUGGCAGAUGGAUGAAGAGUGUUUGUGUGAACUAAUUGAAAAAACAAAUUCCUAUAAAUGCUGCAUAUAUCAUGUUUCAGUACUAGGAUCAUCAACUUAGUACUUAAAUCGGGCUUGGCUUGGAUUGGGGCUGCUCACUUCUCUUGUCAGUGCUCAACUUUUGACACUUCCUCCUGGGCUUUAGUGAGGACCUUUUUUGUUUUGUUUUCAUACUUUAUUUUUAUUUAUUUAUUUAUUUUUUAGAGACCUCUCUUAAUUUUUUCGCUGUCUCAUGUUUAUCACUGAUGAAUGAGUUUAGCAAAAUAUACUAUUUAAUUGAUGAAUCUCACAAUAAUUCUAAUUGGUUUUUAAUUUUUUAAUGCUUAAUAUUUAUUUAUAUCAUAUUUCUGGAUGUCAUUAUGCUUUGUGUGAUUUUUGUCUCGUAUUUUAUGUUACGCGUGCUUUGAUUUGUAUUGUAUUAUAUUUAUAUACUAUGUAUUUGCAAUGUGGCACUCAAGUGGCCAAACUGUAAGCUGCUCUGAGUCCCCUUUGGGGUGAGAAGAGCAGGGUAGAAAUAUAGUAAGUAAAUAUUCCUGUUGUGGUUGUUAUCAAAAGAAGCUGCGUCAGCCCAAGAAAGCCAACAAGGCCAGAUAAAUAUACAGUACUUUUUUUUCUCUGCCUGAAGUGACAAAAUUUUCACCCCACAGGUCCAGACAUACAUAGUGUCCUCUGACACACCUUUGGGGAUAGCCAGGUUUAGAAAAUCUAGGACAACUUGUGUGCUUCUCUCCCACCAAGGCAGAGUUAUAUGAUAAACUCUCAGCUCUACCCUCUAUAUACUUUGUUCUGCCUUAUAAUAAAGCUUGACAUGUCACCAUCAUGUUGAAGAUAAUAUAAAUUGGGUUGUUGUGCAUUUUCCAGGCUGUAUGACAGUUUUAGAAGCAUUCUAUAAACCUCCCUUGCUUAGUUUUUCCAAUAUACCUCACAACCUCUGAGGAUGCUUGACAUAGAUGUGGGUGAAACAUCAGGAGAAAAUGCUUCUGGAACAUGGCAAUACAGCCCGGAAAAUGCACAACAACUCAAUGAUUCUGGCCAUGAAAGCCUUCAACAACAUAUAAUGUAAAUUGUCCAUAUAAACAAGAUGAUAUACAAUGGAUUCCUCAGAAUCAAAACAAAGUUUGAAUUUUUGAAUUGUAGCUGGUGUAGAUUCCUAGCCAUUCUUGGGAGUAGAAAUCAGGAUCUAAAUGUUAUGCCUGCACAAAAUCUGAUAACUUCAAAAAACAAACAACAACACAUGUAUGAAAAAAAGUUGAGAGAUAAUUUUAAAAUAAGACAUGAAGGAUUAAAGCAGAUUUAUAUACACUGAGGAUAAACUACUGUUGUUUUUGUUUUUAUUAGUUUACUUUUAAAACUGCCUAAGUUGACUGUGGUGCCCCGGUGGUGAAGUGUAUUAAAGCACUGAGCUGCUGAACUUGCAGACCGAAAGGUCGCAGGUUCAAUUCCCGGGAGCGGAGUGAGCGCCCGCUGUUAGUUCCAGCUUCUGCCAACCUAGCAGUUCGAAAACAUGCCAAUGUGAGUAGAUCAAUAGGUACCGCUCCGGCGGGAAGGUAAUGGCGCUCCAUGCAGUCAUGCUGGCCACAUGACCUUGGAGGUGUUUACGGACAAUGCCGGCUCUUCGGCUUAGAAACGGAGAUGAGCACCAACCCCCAGAGUCAGACAUGACUGGACUUAACGUCAGGGGAAACCUUUACCUAGGUUGACUCUUGGUUUCUCUGAGCACCUGAAUAGAUUUCUUUUGUAAGCCAUACAGCAUGAAUAUCAGUCCCAUGUUUGAACACUCAGAUAAUUGGCUUAUCACCUGGCAAGGAAUUAAGAGAAAGUGUAUUGUGUGCCUUUUGAUUUUGUCUGUUUCCUUAGUAUGCUUUAACUUGGUUUUGCUUAUUAUAGACAUUUUUUCUCAAGUUUGACAAGUCUGAAAAAGACCUCUCAUCUCCAAUGGUUUUAAGUUUUAAAGCAAGAGAGAGAGAAAGAUAGGGAGCACCUCUGUAGAAUCAAGCUUUGACACUCAAGGACUCUAAAGGAGAGACAGCAGGUGUAUAUUUAAGCAUUCUCAGAACUUUCAAUCAAGCAUUUAAAGAGCUGAACACAAAGGGAUUAAGGAUAUUAGCUUUCUUGAAAGUACCUAAUUGAAUCCAGCUAUUCAUAUUAUUUCUAAGAACUAAAUAAAGCUUUUCUAAUGAGCAUUCAUGUUGUGUAAUAAUAGGAAAGAUUCUGUGGAGAAUGAGGAAUGCAGGAAAACAAGUACCUUUCUAAAAUGCAGCAUUUAUUUGUGUGUGGGAGACCCCCACCACCAUACAUCUUUUGGUAUAUUUUAAUUUUCUGCAAUAUGUUUUCGUUCUUGUUAAAUAAAGACUUGCUAUCAAAUAACUAUUGCCCACUGCCUCUGACUUUUAUCUAAAGGGUUAAGAUUGUCCACUCCUGUUGGACCUGUCUGCUAGACACCAAAGAUCCUGUCUGCCAUUAACUUUUCCAGAAAUACAUUCUUUCUUCUAAAUUGGGUUGUUUAGAAUCAAACAAAACCUAGAUAUCUUCAGAAAAUAAACUCACACACUCACACUUUUUACAUGUGAAUUGUUGUCAUGUAACAAAAAGGUUUGAAGGCAACAAUGUUUGUGCCACAGGCCCCUCUAUCAUGCAGAUCUGGAGAUAAGACAUGCUAAUUUUUGAGACUUUAGGAAUUUUGGUGUGGGGGGCAUUUCUUAGAGAUUAAUGAGGAAUCAGUAUAAUACAAACCUGUUUUCCAGUGGUCUUGCUGAUACCAUGCUCUGAAUUGACCAUUCUCUCAUGUUUACUGACUAUUUAAAGAUGGAAGACUACUGCAGGCUAAAAUGGUCAUUCAAAAUUCUGCACUUAACAAUAUCUACAGAAGUUAACUAGAGAGAAAGAAAGGGGAGUUAAUCAACUAAGAAGAAUAUGUAUGUGUGAAUAAGUUAAUUCGUAAAGGUUAUUUUUUUUGGCACUACAUCUUUCCAAAUACUUAGUCUGCUGACUGGGUGUCCUUCAAAUUGUACUAAAAUGGGAGUUGUUCUGUAGUACAAGGGAUGGAGGAUUCUUUGCUAUUUGUCAAUUAAUCUGUAUCUAUCCCAAGUUUCUCUGGGUUGUUUUCCAGUUUCCAGGGCAUCCAAUCCAUGAACAACAAUAUUGCCCAGACAGACUGAUGAUAGCAACACUCCUCUUAAUUAUUCUUAAGGAUUGGAACUUCAUACUGGAGGUUCAUACUGGCAACAAAAGCAUGCGGCUUUAUAUUUUUUUUCUUUGCUGUUUUUGAUGUUGCUAUGUACCUUCAAAUCUUUUUUUGAUUCAUGGCAACUC